ACCCGUGUCGCUGCAGUGUUGCGCUUUCCUGUUUACGGGCGGGAAGAGCGAACAUAGCUGACUGUGGAAGCUGCUGUGUUUAAAUCGGAAGCACAUUUGUUUUAUUUUCCCUUGAUUCUGAUGGUUUGCACGUUUUAAUGAUUCACGGGGCAUUACGGGGUCUAGUGGAUACGUUUUAAGUGGACUGUUUCCUAAAAACUAAAGAGAUUGUUGAAGAGUGCGGGGCAGAUGGAGGAUCCUCCUGCAGAUUCUGGCGGUGGUGGCGGCGGUGCAGCAGCGGAGGGCCCCGCGGUGCAGGUGGCAGAUAUCUGCUGGCCGACCGGGGCUCUCCCGCUUCGGCUUCUAGAGUGGAAGGUCAAACCCGGGUCUCUUGUUAACGUGGACUCCGUGCUUGCACUGUGUGCUCCCAUACCUCAGGAGAAGGGGAUAGAGGGUGCCAGGCUGCCAGAGAAGAAGGUGAAAUCGGACCGUGCUGGAGUAGUGAAGGAGCUAUGCUGUCAACUUGGACAAGUCAUACCUCCCGGGGGUGUCAUUGUCAGAGUAGAAGAAUGCAGCCACCCGAUAGUGAUGAAAGGUUUAUGUGCUGAAUGUGGCCAGGACCUGACUCAGCUGCAGAGCACAAAUGGGAACCAGCAAACUCCCAUCUCCACAGCAACAGUCUCCAUGGUGCACAGUGUCCCCGAGCUGAUGGUCAGCUCAGAGCAAGCAGAACAGCUGGGUAGAGAAGACCAGCAGAGACUCCACCGAAACAAAAAACUGGUCCUGAUGGUGGAUCUGGACCAGACCCUGAUCCACACCACUGAACAGCACUGCCAGCGUAUGUCCAAUAAGGGCAUUUUCCACUUCCAGCUUGGGCGAGGAGAGCCUAUGCUCCACACACGAUUACGCCCACAUUGCAAGGAAUUCCUGGAGAAAAUUGCCAAACUCUAUGAGUUACACGUCUUCACAUUCGGGAGUCGCCUUUAUGCACACACCAUUGCCGGUUUUCUGGAUCCAGAAAAGAAGCUUUUCUCUCAUCGGAUCCUUUCUAGAGAUGAAUGCAUCGAUCCUUUCUCCAAGACGGGGAAUCUUAGGAACCUUUUCCCUUGUGGGGAUUCGAUGGUCUGCAUAAUCGAUGACCGAGAGGAUGUGUGGAAGUUUGCACCUAACCUCAUCACUGUGAAGAAAUACAUCUACUUCCAAGGCACAGGGGAUAUCAACGCUCCCCCCGGAUCACGGGAAGCUCAGAUGGCCAGGAAAGGUAAAGUCCCCUCAGGUCGGCAGGCAGAGAACACAGACUCAGCGGGGACGCUUGGCGCAGAGGAGCAUAAUAAUGGCCUCAGGAAAAGGGCGAAGGACCACAGCGUUUCUGGAAAGGAUGAGCCCACAACAUCUCAGUCUUCUCAGGGUGCAGCAACAAAUGAACGGACUCAUCCCGCAGGGGUUUUGGAGGAAGAAUCAGGACAGAGUAAAGAGGCAGUGGCUGAGGCGGGGUCAAAAGAAACUCAGGAGGGUGACAGGACAAAUGUAAAGGAGGAUGAAAGCAACAGGACACAAGAGGCACAGGAGGGUGCAAACUCAUCAGCACCCAGCCAUGAGUCCAAUAACUUGGACUUUGACCUUUCCAGUGACAGUGACAGUGACUCCCUUACAGAAAAGCCCCCCUCAUCAGAGAGUGAUAGUGAAGGCAAGUUUUGCCAAGCAAAGAAGCCUGGGCAGGAAGGCAUUACGCAAGAGCCCAGUGAUGGGGAUGGGGCAAGGGAAGGGGACAGUAAAAGUCGGGGUGAGGGAGAAAACAGCUCUGAUGUAGCAGAACCCUCAGGAGUUCUUCUCCCAGACCCAGAGCUGGGAAACGGCUGUUCAGACAGGAGGGAGCCAGAGACAGAGUCCCAGAAUAGUGAACAAUCAGGGGUCACCAUGGGGGAGGAGCUGCUGGACCAGAGUAUGGAGGACGAGGAGGAGGAGGAGGAAGAGGAAGCCGACAACGACCAGGAUGAUCACCUGAUCUACCUGGAGGAAGUGCUGGAAAGAAUUCAUGCAGAGUACUACGCCCGCUACGAGGCCUACCUGAGGAAGGAGGCCUCCGAUACGCCGGACAUCCGCAAGAUCGUCCCAGAGCUGAAAGGCAAGACACUUGAGGGCACGAUGAUAGUGUUCAGUGGUCUGUACCCGACCAACUAUCCUAUGGAGCGGACUCGUGAGUACUACCAUGCCAAGGCACUGGGGGCCAAGAUCGGCAAGAAUCUGGUUCUCAGCUCACAAGAUCCCUGUCGGACAACACAUCUCAUUGCAGCAAGAGCUGGCACCGAGAAGGUUCGCCAGGCGCAGGGCUGCAAACACCUCUAUGUUGUCAACCCUGACUGGCUGUGGAGCUGUCUGGAGCGCUGGGAGAGGGUGGAGGAGCAGCUGUACCCGCUAAAGGAAGACUACUCCAAGACGCCGAGGAGCAACAGUCCAGCAGCUUUCCUUGACAGUCAGGGUUCCCUGCAGAAGCCUAUUUUUCACCCAGCUCCCAUCCACCACAGACCUCCACCUCCAGCCCCAGAGGUUCGGACUUACGACCCUGUCACAGGGAAGCUGAUCCGCAGGGGCCCUCAGGUGUCACGGCCACCGCCCUACCUCCAGGCAUCAGGGUCUUUGUUGCUCUCAGAUCACAGAGAGCAGUCUUGUCUCAGGGGAACUUCAAAGGGUCAGCAGGAUGAAGCGGCGGGGUCCAGCCAGGACGACGAGCAGCCUGGGCCAUCUCGUCGGAAACGACAGCCGAGCAUGUCAGAAACUAUGCCUCUGUACACGCUUUGCAAGGAGGAUCUGGAGAGCAUGGACAAAGAGGUGGAUGAUAUCUUAGGUGAGGAGAGCGACAACGAGAGUGAGGGGCGAGGGAAGGAGAAGCCAGGUAAUGAGGAGGUGGAGGAUGAAGACGAGGAGCCGCAGCAGCAGCAGCAGCAGCAGCAACAGCAUCAGCAUCAGCAUCAGCAUCAGCAGCAGCAGCAGGAACAACCAGGAGCUGGACAGAUAGCAGGAGGAGGGCUCAAUCCUCAGGCGCUGAGCAUCAAAGAAAGGCUUCCAACGCCAUCCAGUGAGGCCAGUCUGCCGGUUGGUGUGCCAAGGGGCCACAAACGUAAACACGAGGAAGCCAAGGAGGAGGAGGAUGACGACGAGGUGGAGAAUAAGCAAUCUGCAGAUGAGUCCUCCAAAGACUCCAACGAGGAAGAGGAAGGCAGCAGCUCAGAAGCAGACGAGAUGGCGGCCGCCUUGGAGGCAGAGCUCAAUGACUUUAUGUGACGUGGAACCUGAAGAGACUUGGUCACAGGAAAAGGACAACAACAAAAUCAAACCCAGUCGUCCCUACAAGUGGUACCUAAAAAAUUCAUUUUCUGCUUUGGAAUCGGUGUGUACUUAGGAUGUAUGAGCCAUGAAUGUGUGCUGUAAUAAAAAUGAAUGUCCUGUACAGAAAUUACAUGACGCUGUGUAAAUAAAGGCUUAGAUUUUUUUGUAGCAUUGAUAUAUAGCCUUUUUGGCAUAAAACACUUUGAUGUUAACAUUUUAUUGUAAGAUAGCAAACUGUAGGAGACAUGAAAUUUGAUACGUUUUUGUUUUACUGUUUUCUAUUACAAUUUUUAUAUUGAUGGGGAAAAAGAUAAAUGAAAAUUAUAAAACAUACAUUUUGCUGGUCGUACAUGCCAAAGAGUUCGGAAUAGGUCUGCCAAGGCGUGCAGCUAAAUGUUUUACUCUUGACUUCUGGUUUUAUUUUUCUUUUGGCCUCCAACAGUUUUUUAGUCAUAAAUGCAAACAGCGAAUCUAGACGUUUGAAUGUGUUUCCUCAAGUUGUUUCUUCCUCCUCAGUGUACAUCUGAUGACAUAAUGGUAAGGUAACUUUCUCUUUUUGUAGUAACUGGAACCUUGGUGCACUGUAAACCGAAUCCCACUAAACUCCCAGUAUAAUUUUCACUUUCAUUCAUUGUACAGAAUUGAAGAGAAGGACAGAUGCUCCUGCUAGGCCUCUGCUUAUGUACACUGGGGCUUAUCCCUUGAGAAGCUCUAAGGGAAGUCCAUCCAAAACAAAAAAUAAUAAUAUUUUCUCACUUACCUUUAAUGCUGUGUAACUAUGCAUACAGUUAAUGCUGAAAGACUUUGAGAUAUGAGUCUCAAAGCCUGGGCAUUUCUCCUCUCCUUGGGUUUCUUGUGCAGCCCACAGGACAGAGGAGAUAGUACAAUGGCUAACAUGCUGUCGCUCUAGUCACCCUAUUGUUUUAGAAAUUUUCACAGUUUUUGACACUAGUUGGCUGGCAUGACAAUUCAGUUUAAGCAUCACAAUUCCCAGUCUUUAUUCUAAAUGCCAGAUGUAUAUUCUGGAAGCUGUAGUGUUUAGACUGAAAAACAGCCCUGUGUUGGUGAGGGCUUGUUGUUGCAUGUACAAGCGAGAUAGUGACAACACAAUUCAUUCAUCAAGUCCAGUUAUAUAAAACACUGGUCAGCAGUUUAUUUUGUUAUGAGAAAGGAUUUUACCAGCAAUACGAUGUUCAUGUUUCAUAUGUAAUCUGACGAGAAUGUACCCUUGCACAAACCCAUCAUCUCGCUGGAUGAUUUUGAUUUGCGUUGGGGUAAAAGUUGAGUAAAUCCAAAUGACAAAGGCAGCGGUUUACCCACGCAGUGCUGUUGUCCAUCUGAACACAGCCCUAAUUUGUCUGUUUGAUUUAGAAAUCCAUACACACGGUUCCCGACUCGGGUUGUUCGAUUUCACAAAUAUUUCCAGGCUAGUGCAGGUCUCCGCACGUCUCAGCUCGUGGUGCUCACAGCAUUAAAAAAUUACAAUGAAAAUAUUCAUUUUCUAAAAUGGCUGUCCCCGUCGAUCUGGAUAAUCACCCAUAACCACUGUCAGCUGUUUUUAUAGAAACCAGUUCAUCAGAGGAAAGUAGUUCUGGUAAAACGCUGUACAGCGACUUCAUCUUAACAUCUUCACUGUGUUGGGGUGGCAGCAGAAAUCUCAGAUGAAUAUUUUUGAAGCCCAGAACUGUCUGCAUGCUUAGAUACUAGAUACUACUAGAGACAAGUGAGAAAAUAUAUUUUUGGUGAUUUUGGGUGAACAGAUACUUUAAAUCUGUACUAAGCAAGAUGUGCAUUCAGUAUAUUAAUGUCUAAAGUUAGUUCAAAUUCCUUUCCUCGCAUUUUUAACAUGUUUACCUCAGAAAAUGAUAAAGCAAAAAACAAAAGAGAAAGCAGGACUCACCAGCAUAUCAUCUCUUUGGUGUCCUAUCACAGACCAGCACUUUACUGACAUCACACAUUGCAGUAUUUCUGGGUAUUGAAGAUCAACAGCUUCCAUCUCAUCAUUCUGAAAAACCUUCCUUCAAAGUUGCCUCAUGCAACUCUAGUAGAGUGUAUACCAUAUGUCAUACCAAGGUUCUCACAUCCACUGUUGUUUGUCAUCUAUUUAGAGUCAAACCCCAUAGCACUGAGUCUGUCUUUGUGUCAUUCAAAGAGUUUUACAGUGAAACAUCUUUCUUCUGCAUUUAGAAAUAGAUCAUUGUAAUCAUUGUCCUAAGACAGGGCACACUGUUUGGAUCUCAGUCCAGUAAAUGUUUUACUCUUGUCUUCUUUUCACUUUUCAUACCUGCUGAACUUUCUCUCUACUGUGGCAUCAUCCCAUUUAGUUUUGUAUUCAUGGUGGCUCUGUCAUGAGUUUCAAUCAGAACUGACAUGUAACGUAUUUGUAAAUUUCCUACUUGACCCUAACAGAAAAGAUACUUUGAUUAAAUAAAGAUGUUUCUAAGUAA